AUUUUGGAUCCGGACGGUCCGCGAGCCUCCGCCUGCGCGCCGCGGCGCCGGGAGCGGCCUCGGGGAGCCUAGGGCGCGGGCGCGGGCGGCGCGGGCGCGAGCGGCGCGGGCGGGCGGGCGGGGGAGGCGGGCAGAGGAGGAAGGGAGUGGUUGGGAGCCGGGCUGCGGCAGCCUCAGGUCUCCUCAGCGGCGGCAGCGCCCCCUCCUCCCGCGCCUCAGCCGCCUGCGUCCGUCGGGAAAGAUGCCCUCAGCCCAAGGCUGGGAAGAAGGGACCCGAGUCGCCGCCCGAACCGCGGCUGCCGCCCGCGUCCUCUGAAUUCGUCAGCGCAGCCCCUCGCCGAGGGGCGGCGGCGGCGGCGGCGGCGGCGGCCGCAGGGCGCGAGCGGGAGCCCGGGCGCUGCGCCCGGCGGCACGGCGCGGCCCGCCAGCGGCCUCCGGCAUGGAGCGGGCUCGCGCGGCCAAGUAGCCGCCGCCCCCGGAGCCCGGCGCGAGAGCCGCCCGCAGCCCGCCUCAUCCCGGCUGCGCCGCCGGCCAGGCCCCGGGAGAAGCCGGGAGGAAGAUGACGCGUCCUCGCCGCAGUCCGCUGGAAGCAGGACUCGCUGUAAAGCCCUAGGAAGAAAGAGCUCGGAGCGGAGGCUCGGCGUGCUCCGAGCCGAGCCGGGAGAACCGCUCCGGCAGCUGCCCUCCCUUUGCCGCGGAGGACUCGCCCAGGCGCUCUCCGAGUGGAGGUUGGGAGCAUUUGCAGCAGAAUUUUUGGCUUUCCCUCCCCCUCCAUACGUUGCCCCCUCCUCCUUUUUCAGUUUUUCUUCUUCCCGGGAAGUGAAUUGCUGAUGCCAAGGGGACUUUAUUCAUUAAUGAUGCAACUGGAUUCGUUUCAGGAUUAUGUUGCACGAAUUGAAUUUUGAAUGAAGGAGUUUUCUUUUUUUUUUUUUUUAAAGGAGUGUUGACUCUUUAGUUCGUUGUACUUUUAAUUAUUAUUUUAUUUAAAUAUACAAUUUAAUUGUAUUCUCUUAAAAUAUUAAAUCUAUAUUUUAUGGAAACUCACCCUCAAGAUAUAUAUGUUUAUGGGUGAAAUUGAAGACGCUUCCGUUAAGUGAGGUGACUGGUGUAUUGGAUGUUUAAUUCAGCACCGGCAUUGCAUGACAGUUGUUGAAAUAACAAGUGGUUUAUUUUUAAAAACCACAUCUUUAAACUUUUAGGUUCAGAUAGUAACAGUAGACAUCGUAAGGGCAUUUAAAAGAAAACCAGCAGAAAUCGAAGCAAACAUGUCCGGAGAAGUGCGUUUGAGGCAGUUGGAGCAGUUUAUUUUAGAUGGGCCAGCUCAGACCAAUGGGCAGUGCUUCAGUGUGGAGACGCUACUGGACAUCCUCAUCUGUCUUUACGAUGAAUGCAAUAAUUCUCCGUUGAGAAGAGAGAAGAACAUUCUUGAAUAUCUAGAAUGGGCUAAACCAUUUACUUCUAAAGUGAAGCAAAUGCGAUUACAUAGAGAAGACUUUGAAAUAUUAAAGGUGAUUGGUCGAGGAGCUUUUGGGGAGGUUGCUGUAGUUAAACUAAAAAAUGCAGAUAAAGUAUUUGCCAUGAAAAUUCUGAACAAGUGGGAAAUGCUGAAAAGAGCUGAGACAGCGUGCUUUCGUGAAGAGAGAGAUGUGUUGGUAAAUGGAGACAGUAAGUGGAUAACCACUCUGCACUAUGCUUUUCAGGAUGACAAUAACUUAUACCUGGUUAUGGAUUAUUAUGUUGGUGGGGAUUUACUUACUCUGCUCAGCAAAUUUGAAGAUAGAUUGCCUGAAGAGAUGGCUCGGUUUUACUUGGCUGAGAUGGUGAUAGCCAUUGACUCAGUUCACCAGCUCCACUAUGUUCACAGAGACAUCAAACCUGACAAUAUAUUGAUGGAUAUGAAUGGACAUAUUCGUUUAGCAGAUUUUGGUUCUUGUCUGAAGCUGAUGGAAGAUGGAACGGUCCAGUCCUCGGUAGCUGUUGGAACUCCAGAUUAUAUUUCUCCGGAAAUCCUUCAGGCUAUGGAAGACGGAAAAGGCAGAUAUGGACCAGAGUGUGAUUGGUGGUCCUUGGGGGUCUGUAUGUAUGAGAUGCUUUACGGAGAAACACCAUUCUAUGCAGAGUCUCUGGUGGAGACAUAUGGAAAAAUUAUGAAUCACAAAGAGAGGUUUCAGUUUCCAGCCCAAGUCACAGAUGUGUCAGAAAAUGCUAAAGAUCUUAUUCGAAGACUCAUUUGUAGCAGAGAACAUCGACUUGGCCAAAAUGGAAUAGAAGACUUUAAGAAACAUCCAUUUUUCAGUGGAAUUGAUUGGGAUAAUAUUCGGAAUUGUGAAGCACCUUACAUCCCAGAAGUUAGUAGCCCAACAGAUACAUCAAAUUUUGAUGUGGAUGACGACUGUUUAAAAAAUUCUGAAACAAUGCCCCCACCAACACAUACUGCGUUUUCUGGCCAUCAUCUACCGUUUGUUGGUUUUACAUAUACUAGUAGCUGUGUUCUUUCUGAUCGGAGCUGUUUAAGAGUCACAGCAGGUCCCACGUCAUUGGAUCUCGAUGUCAGCGUCCAGAGGACUCUAGAUAAUAACUUAGCAACUGAGGCUUACGAAAGAAGAAUUAAGCGGCUUGAGCAGGAAAAGCUUGAACUUACUAGAAAACUUCAAGAGUCAACACAGACUGUUCAAGCUCUGCAGUAUUCAACUGUUGAUGGUCCACUAACGGCAAGCAAAGAUUUAGAAAUUAAAAGUCUGAAAGAAGAGAUUGAAAAACUAAGGAAACAAGUAUCAGAAGUGAAUCAUUUGGAACAACAACUUGAAGAAGCUAAUUCUGUAAGACGAGAACUAGAUGAUGCUUUUAGGCAAAUCAAAGCUUUUGAAAAACAAAUCAAAACUUUGCAGCAGGAAAGAGAAGAACUAAAUAAGGAACUAGUCCAGGCUAGUGAGCGAUUAAAAAACCAAUCCAAAGAGCUGAAAGAUGCACACUGUCAGAGGAAACUGGCCAUGCAGGAAUUCAUGGAGAUCAAUGAGCGACUAACAGAAUUGCACACCCAAAAGCAGAAACUUGCUCGCCAUGUCCGAGAUAAGGAAGAAGAGGUGGACCUGGUGAUGCAAAAAGCUGAGAGCUUAAGGCAGGAGCUGCGCAGAGCAGAAAGAGCCAAGAAAGAGCUGGAAGUUCACACCGAAGCGCUAAUUGCUGAAGCAUCAAAGGACAAGAAGCUCCGAGAGCAGAGCGAACAUUAUUCUAAGCAACUGGAAAACGAGUUGGAGGGACUGAAGCAAAAACAAAUUAGUUACUCACCAGGAAUCUGCAGCAUAGAACAUCAGCAAGAGAUAACUAAACUGAAAACUGACUUGGAAAAGAAAAGUAUCUUUUAUGAAGAAGAAAUUUCUAAAAGAGAAGGAAUUCACGCAAGUGAGAUUAAAAACCUGAAGAAGGAGCUGCAUGACUCAGAAGGCCAGCAGCUUGCUCUCAACAAAGAGAUUCUGGUUUUAAAAGACAAAUUGGAAAAAACCAGGAGAGAAAGUCAAAGUGAAAGGGAAGAAUUUGAAAAUGAGUUCAAACAACAAUAUGAACGGGAAAAAGUAUUAUUAACUGAAGAGAAUAAAAAGUUAACGAGUGAACUCGAUAAGCUAACUUCACUGUAUGAGAGCUUAAGUUUGCGCAACCAGCACUUAGAAGAAGAAGUCAAAGAUCUAGCAGAUAAGAAGGAAUCAGUAGCCCACUGGGAAGCCCAAAUCACAGAGAUAAUUCAGUGGGUGAGCGAUGAGAAGGAUGCACGAGGCUAUCUUCAGGCCUUAGCUUCUAAAAUGACUGAAGAAUUGGAAGCAUUAAGAAAUUCCAGCUUGGGGACACGAGCAACAGAUAUGCCCUGGAAAAUGCGUCGUUUUGCAAAACUGGACAUGUCGGCUAGACUAGAGUUGCAGUCUGCUCUGGAUGCAGAAAUAAGAGCUAAGCAGGCCAUCCAGGAAGAGCUGAAUAAAGUCAAAGCAUCUAACAUCAUAACAGAAUGUAAACUGAAAGAUUCAGAGAAGAAGAACUUGGAACUGUUGUCCGAAAUCGAGCAGCUGAUAAAGGACACUGAAGAGCUUAGAUCUGAAAAGGGUAUAGAGCACCAAGACUCACAGCAUUCUUUCUUGGCAUUUUUGAAUACGCCUACCGAUGCUCUGGACCAAUUUGAACGCUCUCCGUCCUGUACUCCAGCUAGCAAAGGCAGACGUAUUGCAGACUGUGCUCCACUUCCAGCUCACACACCAACCUUAAGGAAAAAGGGAUGCCCGGCUUCAACUGGCUUUCCACCUAAGCGCAAGACUCAUCAAUUUUUCGUGAAGUCUUUCACUGCCCCUACCAAAUGUCAUCAGUGCACCUCCUUGAUGGUCGGUUUGAUAAGACAGGGCUGUUCCUGUGAAGUCUGUGGGUUCUCAUGUCAUAUAACUUGUGUGAACAAAGCCCCGACGGUUUGCCCAGUUCCUCCCGAGCAAACUAAAGGUCCAUUGGGCAUAGACCCCCAGAAGGGAGUCGGGACGGCGUAUGAGGGUCAUGUCAGGAUCCCUAAGCCAGCGGGAGUGAAGAAAGGGUGGCAGAGAGCACUGGCUGUGGUCUGCGACUUCAAACUGUUUCUUUAUGAUAUUGCGGAGGGAAAAGCAUCGCAGCCCAGCUCCGUCAUUAGUCAAGUGAUUGACAUGAGAGAUGAAGAAUUUUCUGUGAGUUCAGUCUUAGCUUCUGAUGUUAUUCACGCAAGUCGAAAAGAUAUUCCCUGUAUAUUCAGAGUCACAGCUUCCCAGCUCUCAGCACCUAGUAACAAAUGUUCCAUCCUGAUGCUAGCAGACAGCGAGAAUGAGAGGAGUAAGUGGGUGGGAGUGCUGAGUGAACUCCACAAGAUUCUGAAGAAAAACAAGUUCAGAGACCGCUCAGUGUAUGUCCCCAAGGAGGCUUACGACAGCACGCUACCCCUCAUUAAGACAACGCAGGCUGCUGCAAUCAUAGAUCAUGAACGGAUAGCUUUGGGAAAUGAAGAAGGAUUAUUUGUUGUGCAUGUCACCAAAGAUGAGAUUAUUAGAGUUGGUGAUAAUAAGAAAAUCCAUCAGAUUGAACUCAUUCCAAGUGACCAGCUUGUUGCUGUGAUCUCGGGCCGAAAUCGCCAUGUCCGACUUUUUCCUAUGUCAGCUUUGGAUGGGCAAGAGACAGAUUUUUAUAAACUGGCAGAGACUAAAGGGUGUCAGACCAUAGCUGCUGGGAAAGUGCGCCACGGAGCUCUGUCCUGCCUGUGUGUGGCCAUGAAGAGACAGGUCCUCUGCUAUGAACUGUUCCAAAGCAAGACCAGGCACAGGAAGUUUAAGGAGAUUCAAGUCCCAUGUAAUGUCCAGUGGAUGGCCAUCUUCAGUGAGCAUCUCUGUGUGGGAUUCCAGUCAGGAUUUCUCAGAUACCCCCUGAAUGGAGAAGGAGGUCCAUGCAAUAUGCUCCAUUCAAAUGACCAUACACUGUCAUUCAUUACACACCAACCAAUGGAUGCUCUCUGUGCAGUUGAGAUCUCCAACAAAGAGUAUUUGCUGUGUUUUAACAGCAUUGGGAUAUACACAGACUGCCAGGGCCGAAGGUCUAGACAGCAGGAACUCAUGUGGCCAGCAAAUCCUUCCUCCUGUUGUUACAAUGCACCAUAUCUCUCCGUGUAUAGUGAAAACGCAGUUGAUGUCUUUGAUGUCAACUCCAUGGAAUGGAUACAGACUCUUCCUCUCAAAAAGGUCCGACCUUUAAACACUGAAGGAUCAUUAAAUCUCUUAGGAUUGGAGACCAUUAGAUUAAUAUAUUUCAAAAAUAAGAUGGCAGAAGGGGAUGAACUUGUGGUCCCUGAAACAUCAGAUAAUAGUCGGAAGCAAAUGGUCAGAAAUAUCAACAACAAACGGCGCUACUCCUUCCGAGUCCCUGAGGAAGAGAGGAUGCAACAGAGGAGGGAGAUGCUACGAGAUCCAGAAAUGAGAAAUAAAUUAAUUUCUAACCCAACUAAUUUUAACCACAUAGCACACAUGGGUCCUGGAGAUGGAAUACAGAUCCUAAAAGACCUGCCCAUGAACCCACGGCCUCAGGAAAGCCGGACAGUAUUCAGUGGCUCCGUCAGUAUUCCCUCCAUCACCAAGUCCCGCCCUGAGCCAGGCCGCUCCAUGAGUGCCAGCAGCGGCCUGUCUGCACGGUCGUCAGCCCAGAAUGGCAGUGCACUAAAGAGGGAAUUCUCCGGAGGAAGCUAUAACACAAAGCGACAGCCCAUGCCCUCUCCCUCGGAGGGCUCUUUGUCAUCAGGAGGCAUGGACCAAGGAAGUGACGCCCCUGCGAGGGACUAUGAUGGAGAGGACUCUGAUUCUCCAAGGCAUUCCACAGCUUCCAACAGCUCUAACCUGAGCAGCCCCCCAAGUCCCAUUUCACCCCAAAAGACCAAGAGCCUCUCCCUGGAGAGCACAGACCGCGGGAGCUGGGAUCCAUGAGCCCAGGACCGGUGACUGCAGGCAGGGACUCUGCACUCCAACUCCGACAACGUGCCUGGCAGCAGCCUUGCCUUUCACACUGCUGCUAUGGGGAUUCCUCCGCAGCCAGGCCCGCUUCACCCUCCCCUCAACCCCCAGGUAGCUUCUGUAGACAGACUGCGCAGACGCAGCGCUAAGAGUAGACCGGUUGUGUUCUCACCGUAGCCCUCACGUAGCGCCCAGCAGCCUCCAUGAGCGUCAGCCAACUGUUGCCAGGAAGUAAACCCUCACGAAUUAAAACAAUGCAUAUUUUACUACAAUACAGAGUUUAAAUAAAUACAUAGAUGUAGAAGUUAAAUACUGAAUGUANAUAGUCAAAGAAGCAUCUUGUGUUUGAUGAAAGAUGGAUGCGUAUAUAAGAAAGAUCAUUUAAUUUAAAGAAAUGUGUUGUUUCUUGUCUGUUUCCCAGCUAUGUCAUAUACAGGGUAGAAAGGCCUCAAGUGACAUUGUAAAGAGAUCAGAAGUCAGGUCCCCAUGGUGUCUCUUCUCAAGCCUAGGCAGGCUGAGGUCACAGGGAAAUCUAAGGAAUGUUUGGAGAUUUAGUGCCAUUGGUGGGAUGUGACCUGAACACCACCGGUGGUGGUGAAGCCACUCCAGAGGCACACUUGCCUCCUGAGGCAUUUUUCCUCUAGUUCUCAGACCAUGUCCCCACUUACAAUAUUUUGGUAUCUCGCACAGAUGAAUGUGAAACAAUUCUGCCACCUUCCAGCCCUUCCCAUCCUAACGGGGAAUUUGUGGCUUCUGAAGAUCACGGGAUGGUCAUGCAGCUGCUUUUCUGUCCCGGCCAAACCUUGUCCCCCUCUAGGUUGCAGUGAGGAGUCUCUGGACUAAGCACAACUUCCCUGUUGGUUAAGGGUAGUUUUAAACACACUGCUGGGGACAGGUCUCCUUACUAAAUCACAGAAAACCUCAGAAGCAUAGGCUUGAAUGGCCUUGACCAAAUAUGCCUUCCCACAUGAGGGGACGGUGGGGCUUGUGGUGUGCUGACCACUGUGGACUGUGAGCCAGCUUCCCCUCUGGAUAUCUACUGCUGCACUUGUCCCAGGAAGCAUGAGGAGACCAGAGUCCUCUACUCAAAUGUCCGCCAGCUACCAACACAGGAGGGGACAGGCAGAAACUAGUGCCCAUGCCAGUAAAGAGGCCCUGCCUCUCUUAAUCCUCUCCUCUCCCGGGAUGGAAAAGCCACCGUUUCUCCCCAUUUUAAGCCACAUCUAAAAUAGAUUUCCAAAGUUGCUAACCUGGCAUGCUGACCGCCAGGCCCUGUGGGUCAGACUCCCCAGUCGUGUGGCUUUAUGGGGGUGUUAAGAGAGUUGAGGGAGGGGAGAUGGGAACAAAAGCAUGUGGGCUGGGGUCUUUGUAAGCAGCAGCCUUGACAGACAGUCUGGAGUGAGCACAUUUUUUGGGGGUGGGCACUGUAUCACUCUAUAUUUAUCCUUUUGGAAACAGAUCACAUAAAAAUAACUUGUGUAUACCCAAAAACAAGGGUCAGAUCUUUAGUUUGGCCAGAGCCUUAUACAUCUGCUUCAACUUGGCACUUUGCUUGAAAGAGCUGCCUCCCCUUCCCUCCCUCCUUUCCCUCUUCUUUCUCCUUCCCCCAGCAGAAACCUGACCAGGCUGAGCCUUUGGUUUGUAGCUUUGACAACCAAUUGUGAAGUUUUGUUGCCUACAGGUGCUUGUUUUUAAAAGAACCCUUUUAGAAUUAGUCUAAACCUCUACAUCCCCUAAAGUCCGGCUCCACCACAGUGACUUCCACCCCAGCUCUGCCCAAGGAGCCCUGUGGAUUUGGUGGGUUUCCCAUGCUGUCAAAGAACUAGCAGCAGCCCUGCUGCCCAGAGUAGAGUGGGGUUCCAAAAAUGACCAUCUUACCAGACGUCCAGCCUUAUGUGAAGAGCAUUCCUGUCAGAAACUGUGGGAAAGGAUGGGGAAAGAUGGAGACAGAAACAAAGAUUAGAGACAAGGCCUCCGGUUUAAGCCUUUCUGGAGAUCACUCUCCUACCCCAUGGAAGGUAUUUCAAAGUUUGUGGCAUCGGGAAUUUAUCCAGAAAUGGAAAAAAAAAAAUACAGUAAGAGACAUUUCUGAUAUAGUGUCUAUGGGUUAGUACUUGGUGCUAUGUCCAGCCUGUAUGCUUUGAAUUCUGGCUUAUCUGUUAUGUGAGUUUUGGGUGGGUAUACAAAAUAUAUUACAGGGUUUUGUUUUGGUUUUGCUAAAAACAAACGCCUUCCUAUCAGAGAUUGUUAAGCAGAUCAUAUAUAUAUAUAUAUGAUUUUUUUAAUUUGUGUACAUACUCCCUGUGCUUAGCCAUUUGUGUUCUUUCCCAGUGAGCAGCUUUAAGACAGGGGAAUAACUACAAAUGGCCUGUUAGGCUUUCCACUGAAUUCCUAUAGCUAGGCUUAGAGAAAGCAUCUGGAAUUCCCAUCAUUCCCACCAGCCCUUCUUCAGCUACUCCUCUUUUCAUGUUAAAAUCCUGUCAUUUUGUUAACUUAGUGGCCACGUUUAUUUCCAGGCAAGUUCAGCUGCCUUGUGUGGGUCCUCAGGUGUCAUUAAAGAGAAGCCAGAGCAGAGGGGCAGCCUCCGUUCCCGGUGCAGCAGCCCACAUGCAGCCUUGGCAGCCACCACAAAUUCAAUUCUCCCAGCUCAGCACAUCUAGCUGCCACCCACCCAGCCCACCCCCUAAUACAGGUGCACUUAAAAUGGCUGACACCCUGCUGUAGGUCCUACUCUGCCAUAGCCCAAGGCCACUGUCCCCUUCCAGUCCCACCUGGACCCGCUGCACAGCAUUUCCCUGUACCCUUGGAGUGGCUCCUACCUUGUUGGAACCUUCAGUCUUCACAAAUCCAGUUCCUUGCAGAGCCCUGCUACAGUGGGUGUGUCUCCUGCUAGCUCCAGCACCACACUCUCCUGUCCCAGGGACAGCAUCACACAGAGCCCUACUUCAGUUUUAGGAGACUGACUGCCAUCAGUCAGCCUUGAUGCCAUUGAAAACAAAAUGACCUUAUUUGAUAGAAUAACAGCAUUUAUUUUAUAAAUUUUUAGGAUUUUUUUCUCAUUGUAAUAUUAUUGUACAGUUUUGCAUGGCCUCGGUGUAAUCAUUUUUGUUCAGAAAAUUAUGACCAGUGUGUAUGUGGAAGGGAAGAUACUGCUUUGGCCUCUUAGCACUCACUUGGUUUGGUUCUGUCCCUAGAUGUCCUAGGGAAUUUCCUGACAGUAUCUGCUACCAAACUAUGACAUGGAUUCUUUUGCACAGAACUAUUUAAGGUGGGGCAGUCAAAAAUGUAACAAAGGAUUUCUCACCAAUAUUUUAUGUUGGUAUCACCUAAUUAACCAGACUUUGAUGUACUGCAAUAAAAUAAGGAACUGUUA